ACGCACACAAAUCUGCUUCCUGUUUACGUUUGCUGAGCACUUUCAGUACGAGAAUAGACAGCAAAAAAUCUCGAAUCUCACCUGGAAACAGGCUCCGCGUUUGCUUUUCCACAACCGUCUCUGCCCGUGCACCUGUAGCCGAUCCUGUCUGUUAGACAGGCCGUUUCAAUGCAUUUCAGAGUAGCUUUACCGCCGCGCAGAUGGACGCCGUUGAUCUGUUUUCAAGCUGCAGAAAGGGCGACAUUGCCAGAGUGAGAUACCUGGUUGAACAAAGAGAUGUAGAGCUGAACAUCAGAGAUAAGUGGGACAGCACACCUCUGUAUUAUGCAUGUCUCUGUGGACAUGAAGAGCUGGUCCAGUACCUGCUUGCCAACGGAGCAAAGUGUGAGGCGAACACAUUUGACGGCGAGCGCUGUCUGUACGGAGCGCUGAGCGACCCCAUCCGCCGCCUGCUCAAAGAGUACAAGCGCAUCACAGCGAAGGCCAUGCAGAGAGACUACUACGACCAGUUCCUGCAGACGCUUUUGGAGCAGGGCAACUACAGUGACGUGACGUUUAUGGUGCACGGUGAGAUGUUCAAGGCCCACCGAUGUAUCUUGAGUGCCCGAUCUGAAUACUUCGCUCACAUGCUGGAGACCAAGUGGAAGGGCAAGAGUGCGAUCGCACUCAAACAUCCACUGGUCAAUCCUGCUGCAUUUGGUGCAAUCAUGCAGUAUUUCUACACUGGCCGUUUGGACAUAGAUGUGAAUUACGUGGAGGAUUGCAAGCGUUUGGCGAAACAGUGCAAGAUCAGCGAGCUGAUUGAGGAGCUGGAAGUGAAGUGCAAACAGGUUUAUGAGUUCGUGUCUAAUAAGCCCGGGACGUGUGUGAAGGUGUUGACUCUGGAUCCUCAUGACUCUCAGCUGCAGGAUGGAAUGGCUCUGCUGGCUGACAGUGCACUUCCUGCUGAGCUCAGGGUUGGAUACGGUCAGCUUCCUUUCGAUCUAACUGACAGUUUUCCGAGUUAUCCUGAUAUCUGUUUCCGAGUGGAGGGCAAUGACUUCCUGUGUCAUAAGGCGUUUUUCUGUGGUCGUAGUGAUUAUUUUAAAGCGCUGAUGGAGGAUCAUUUCUGCGAGGGUGAAACUCUACAGGCUCAUCCCAGUAUUCCCGUCAUAACCCUUCACGAUGUGUCUCACGAUUUGUUUACAAGAAUCCUUUACUACAUCUACAGUGACAACACUCAGCUCUCUCAUGAGAACGUGUAUGAGGUUCUGUGUGUGGCCGACAUGUACCUGUUGCCGGGUCUGAAGCGUCUGUGUGGCAGAACCCUGGCUGCGCUGCUCAAUGAGGAGAACGUGCUGCACAUGUGGAAGACUGCAGAACUGUUCCGGCUCUCGCGUCUGGAGGACCAGUGCACAGAAUACAUGGCCAAGAUCAUAGAGCGGCUGGUGGAAAGGCCAGAGUUUGCCGAUAUGAUCAGAGAGGAUGCUGGGAACGUGGCGGCCAGACAGGAAACUGAUUCCAUCCCUCUGGUGGACGAGAUCCGGUUCCACAUCGCCAGUAACGUUCAGACGUACAGCGAAAUCGAGGAAGCCAACCAGAAACUCAGUUGCCUGGAGCUUCUGCUGGCCAGCAUUGGGCUGGAGUGCUGAAAAACAAGAAGGAGGUCGAGAGGGAGGGAGCGGGGCGCUGAAUGAUUUAUAAAAUGCUUUACAUGCACAAAUAAUCUGUAGCAAACUAGCAUCACAUUAGCAGUACCAAACAAAUAUGGUCGAUUCUAACCAAAAACAUGCAGAUGCGUCAUAUCGCAGUGGCCUGUUGUGAUUUAGUGAAAUUUGCUUUAUUUAGUCCUUUAUUCCACUUGUUUUCCAUGCACAAACUUACUCCAGAGAGAUAAAAGCUUGACAUUUGGAUUUUCACGAUAGUGAGUGUUGUGUUUCAGUUAAUAUUGGCGCUCUUCAUGAUGUUCAGGCAUAUACUGUUCAUUCUUCCAUGUAGCAGAAUAUUUAACAAACUCUACAGGAAAAUUGUUGUGGAUGCAGAGUCAAAACGAUAUUAAAUAAUUAAUAGGUUUAGCUGUUACAUUGCUGAACAUGAAUUGAGUCAAUAUUUAAUCAAAGAUGAGGCCAUUUCUUUUGGAAAAAAAAUAUGUAUUUACAUGCAUUUAUGAAUAGGAGUGCAUCGAACAUGGUCGGAAGAAUUUGAAAGGUAUUGUCAUGAUGCAUAUUUGAUCCGAGAAUUGAAUUACAAAUGGAUUUCACUUGUUAUCUCUGGUGUUUGUGUGACAGCGCCAUUUGUUAAAGCAAAUGAUUAUUAAUGCCUCUAAAUGUGCGUUCACUUCACUCACAAAUGUAUCUUCCAGCACUGACAGAGAAGUUUCUCUGCUUUGCACACACAGGAAAGACUUCUGCUAAUGUGCACGCAAUAUUUGCAUUUAAUAUCAAUAUUAUAAUCAGGAAACAUGCUCCUAAACCUGACUGUCCUUAAUCUUUCUCAAUAUAAACAUUUUUGGCUUGUUCUUUUCUUUUCCCUGCAUUGCUUUUAUUUUAUUUUAUUUUAUUUAUUCUAUUUUAUGCAAGUGACAUGUCUACACGAUGUGGUUGAAAUCAUCAGCGUUAUCCUUUGCUCGUUUUCAUAGCAGCACUUGAGUUUGUGUGUGUGUAUGUUACUGAACUGGGUGCUCAGGAGAAUAUCCCACAAAUGAGACUUGUGUAUGAACAUUCAUAAAUGUCAAAGUCAUGAAAUAUCCAUUUAUGAUUGGAUGCGUUGGCAUUGCAAUUUCCUUUCAUAUGAUUUAUGGGUGGGAUGUUGUGACUGAAUGGGAUUGUACAUAGGUGAGAAAAAAUAAAUAUUAUUUAAUAAUGUA